CGGAGGGAGCGGCGGGGCCGUGCGGCCGCGGCGAGCGGCAUGUCCCGGGGCGGCGGCGAGUCCCGGGCCGGCAGCGGCGGCGGCGGCGGCGGCAGCGCGUCCCGGGGCCGCGGGGGCCCGGCGCCCUGAGCGGCGCCAUGCGGGGCCGGCUGCUGGCGCGGCUGCGGCGCCGGAGGCAGCUGCGGCUGCUGCUGGCCCUGGGCGCGCUGGCCCUGGGGCUCUGGGCCGCCUACCUGGAGCUGGUGGCGAUGUCCGGCGGCGCGGCUGUCCCGGAGCGCAGAUUUGAAAGCUGGAGGGAGCUUGCUAAGGUUCUGUCAGACACCGGUGGGGACACAAGCCUUCAGCUGGGCCACCCGCAGGAGCUGGGACAGCAGAUCCAAGAGCUGCAGAUAGGUGGGAGGAAUAAAUCAAAUGAUGCAGCUGUGGACAGCCCUGUCCCGUGGAUGCCAGAGUUCCAGGGCCAGGCCAACCUGCACGUGUUUGAGGACUGGUGUGGCAGCUCCAUCGAGCAGCUCAGGAGAAACCUCCACUUCCCCCUCUUCCCUCACACAAGAACCACGGUGAAGAAGUUGGCCGUGUCCCCAAAAUGGACCAACUAUGGUCUCCGGAUCUUUGGUUACCUGCAUCCUUUUGGUGAUGGGGAGUUUCAGUUUGCCAUUGCUGCGGAUGACAAUGCUGAGUUCUGGCUGAGCCCAGAUGAAAAGCCCUCUGGUCUCCAGCUGCUGGCCAGUGUAGGCAAGACAGGGAAGGAGUGGACUGCACCAGGAGAGUUUGGGAAAUUUCACAGCCAGAAGUCAAGCAUGGUGAGGCUGUCAGCAGCAGGCAGGUACUACUUUGAGGUGCUGCACAAGCAGGACGACAGAGGAACAGACCAUGUGGAAGUAGCUUGGAGACUGAAUGACCCAGAAGCAAAGUUCAAAGUCAUUGACUCCCAACAUCUCUCCCUUUUUGCUAACGAGUCGCUGCUGAAGAUGGACGAGGUUGGGCACAUCCCGCUGACGCUGGCCAGCGGCCGGAGCCGCGCUGGCGGCAGGGCACACCCGGCUGACAUGCUGAAGCCUGACCCCCGGGACACUCUCUAUGCAGUGCCGCUGCUGAGCCGGUCCCGCGUGCGCCGCGCCCUGCCCGAGUGCCCCUACAGGCCCAGCUACCUGGUGGACGGAUUCCCCCUGCAGCGCUACCAGGGACUCCAGUUCGUCCAUUUAUCCUUUGUUUACCCAAAUGAUUACAGCCGCCUGAGCCACAUGGAGAAAGACAACAAGUGCUUCUACCAGGAAAACCCUUAUUAUCUGGAAAGAUUUGGAUUUUACAAGUACAUGAAAAUGGAUCGGCCAGAGGAGAGCCCGGACUCUGGAGAAAAGACAGAGCAGCCAGGCUCCCAGGAGGGGAACCCGGCGGAGGUGCAGUACGAGGAGCAGGAGCAGAGCCCCGGGCGCGCAGGGCGGGCUCCCGGCAGCGUGUGGGGCAGUGACAAUGCCCACGGUGACCAUUCCCUGCCAGAGCGCCGCCGGCUCCUCUCGGCGCCGGGCGACAGCGCAGGAGAGGAGACACGGAGGAGGACAGAAAGGUCUGGUGUCAGAUCAGCCAUGCUGGCCUCCAUCAACCACAGCCUCAGCCUGGCUGGCCUAGAGGGACACCCGGUAACGAAGAGCCCCCGAUUAAAAGCUGGCGUCAAAGACAAUUCCAGGAGCCCUCCGCAGCAUGCCAGGGCCAUCCCGGGCAGAGCGCCCGUCAGAAGGGCAAACGCUCCUCCUGGGACCGUGUCUCCAGGACAGCGGUCCCUUGGCCACCCCAGGGACUCGGAGGUCACCACUCCCACCGGGGUGGGACCUGGAGGAGAGCUGAGCAGCAGGCAGGACGGGCUGCGGGCAGCGGGCACGGUGCCAGCUGUGAGGGGACACCCCGUGCCAGGGCUGCCGCAGGGGCUGGGCCGGCCGCAGUCCCACGCUGCUGAGCAGCAGGCACCCAGCCACGGGCCUGUGGGCACGGGAGGGGCGCAGGGGGCGUCUCCGGGGAAGGACAAGUCUGGAGGAGCAGCAGAGGAGGAAGAGGUGGAUGGGGAGCCAGAGGAGGAAGAUGAGGAGGACUUCGAUUACGUGCCAGUGUUUGACCAGGCUGUCAACUGGGAGCAGACCUUCAGCAUGAACAACCUGGACUUCCACAUGCUGCGCACGGACUGGAUUGACCUGAAGUGCAACACCUCGGGAAACUUGCUGCUGAGAGAAGGGGAGGCCCUGGAAGUUACACGUGUCUUCCUGAGGAAGCUCAACCAGAGCAGUAAGGGGCGCUUCCAGCUGCAGCGCGUGCUGAACGUGGAGAAGCGCCAGGACCGCGUGCGGGGCAGCCGGUACCUGCUGGAGCUGGAGCUGCUGGAGCUGCUGGGGCGCGGCGCGCGCCGCGUGCGCCUCUCCGAGUUCGUGUUCGCGCGCGGCUGGCACGGCGGCGCCCGCCGCGACCACGACGAGAGGAGCAUGAGGAGCCUGGCCUGGGGCCGCCGCCGGCACCUGAUGGCUGCAGACACCGAGCCGGAGCUGUGCUGGCCCCAGGGCUUCUCCUGGAACCACCGGGCCAUGGUUCACUUCGUGGUGCCAGUGAAAAACCAGGCACGUUGGGUACUGCAGUUCAUCUCUGACAUGGAAGAGCUACUCCGAGUCACCAAGGAUCCCUACUUCAGCAUCAUCAUCACAGACUUCAGCAGUGAUGACAUGGAUGUAGAGAAGGCUCUGAAAAGGUCUACCUUGCACAGCUAUCAGUACCUGAAGCUGACGGGGAACUUCGAGCGCUCUGCUGGGCUGCAGGCGGGGAUAGACCUCGUGACGGACCCACACAGCAUUGUGUUCCUGUGUGACCUGCACAUCCACUUCCCCGCUGGAGUCAUUGACUCCAUCCGGAAGCACUGCGUGGAGGGCAGGAUGGCCUUUGCACCCAUGGUGAUGAGGCUGCACUGCGGCAUGUCCCCACAGUGGCCUGAUGGCUACUGGGAGGUCAAUGGGUUUGGCCUCCUGGGCAUAUACAAGUCUGACCUGGACAAAAUUGGAGGCAUGAACACAAAAGAGUUUCGGGACCGCUGGGGAGGAGAGGACUGGGAGCUCCUGGACAGGAUCUUACAGGCCGGGCUGGAAGUGGAGCGUCUCUCCCUGAGAAACUUCUUCCACUGGUUUCACUCGAAGCGGGGCAUGUGGAACCGGCGCCAGCUGAAGCCUGAGGUGUAGCUGUCACCCCCAGAGCUGCUGGGAGCACUGCCACCAUCUCACCCAGACGUGCACUUUAGCAGGGCACACAGCAUAGUGCCCAAACCCUCCUCUGCCGGCAGAGCCUCUGAGGCAGGGCACAGCCGAGGAGGGGCUGGCGGGCGGGAGCCGCUCCUGUCAGCAUCCAGGAGUCCUGUCAGCGUCCAGGACUCCUGUCAGCAUCCAGGACUCCUGUCAGCGUCCAGGACUCCUGUCAGCAUCCAGGACUCCUGUCAGUCAGCAUCCAGGACUCCUGUCAGCAUCCAGGACUCCUGUCAGCAUCCAGGACUCCUGUCAGCGUCCAGGACUCCUGUCAGCAUCCAGGACUCCUGUCAGUCAGCAUCCAGGACUCCUGUCAGCAUCCAGGACUCCUGUCAGCAUCCAGGACUCCUGUCAGCAUCCAGGACUCCUGUCAGCAUCCAGGAUUCCUGUCAUUCAGCAUCCAGGACUCCUGUCAGCAUCCAGGACUCCUGUCGGCAUCCAGGACCGCGUGUGGCUGGGGAGGUGUGACAAGGGAAGGGCUUUGUUUGCUGCUGUGCAGUCUGGGGGAGGGACAGUGGGAGAGGGGCCGUGUUUCCUGAUGAGUCUUGCACCAAACAAACACAAAUCCCAGCUAAGCCCAGAACGGUUUAUUCAGAGCAACACUGCCUCUCUUUCAAAACGUGAAUGGAAAAAAAACCAAAACAAACCCACAACUGUCCCCAUUUCCCCUCCUUUGCCAUCUCUCCAGUACCCCUGAUUUUGGACAGGGGACCAAAGUUCUCUGGCCGGUAUUGCACCCACGAGCCCGUGUGCUGACUGAAGGAAAUCUGGGUGCAGAGGGGCUGAUAGGCACUGCAGGCUGCUGGUGCUUAGACGUUUCUCUGUGCUUUUCACUUCGGUCAUUAUGAAGAACUGUGCUCGUGUGCAGCAAAUUUUGGGCCAUGGAUGGAGUUGCAGAUGCAUUUCCCUUCCAAGAGCCACGUUUGCCUGUAGCUGGGUGAGCUGGCAAGGGUGAUGUUACAAUUCCACCUGAAUUACUGACCCACGCCCUGAGGGCAGUGGGUCAGUACAGAGCACCUAACGGGGCAUCUCAGGAGGAACUUCUCAGCCUUAUUUGACAGACGUCUGUUUGUCCUAACAAUAUCAGGGAAACCCUAGCAGGGAAGAAGUGGCAAUAUUUUGUUAGUUGAAAUAUUGUGAUUUGUCAGAAGAGGAGACAGAGUCUUCUGCUCUCAAGAUCCUGUACAUUUAUGCAGCAUCUAAAAGUUAAUUUAAUAAGUUCUAAAAGUUAAUUUAAUGGCCUCACAGUUGUGUCUUGUCACAGUUUGACUCUUAUGUAGAGAGCAGGCUUGGUUGGAGAACCAGCACAGCUGUUGGUGCUUCAUCUCUGAACAGCCCUGGGAGCUCUGGCCUGUACGGAGGAGGAGGUGGCCUCAGGUCUUGGCACAUGCACUGGGUGUGACCAGCAGUGAGGACAGAAGAGUGAACAAAAGGAGGGGCAAACCCACGCUGUCAUUGAUGCAAGAACUGUGGAGAGAGCCCACAGCUGGCCUGGUGCUACAGGGGAGUCUCAUCCCAUAAAACUCCUGUUAGUGUAAGGCAAGAUUUUUUUACCCUUAGAAGACUGUAUAAACCCAGAAAUCCCAGCUCACCCAGAGCCUUACACUGGAGCUGCAGUGUCCCCAUACCAUGCUGGAAAGGUCUCAGGCGUGAGGGGCGAGUGUGGCAUAGGGUGCUGCUCGUGGUGCCCAGCUCUGUGGGGAGUGGCUGGGAAGGAGUGAUGGAUGUGUGCAGAAUACAAGCAAAGCUGACUGGUACUAGAGUUUUUUGCUCUUUGCUGAUGGAGUAAAUGCCAAUUCAGAAUAGGCAUUCAUUCAUUCAUUACUGGGUCUGUGGUGCUUGACAAGUCCAUCAAGUUCUGCUAUUGCAGUAGAAAACUGAACAUGCGAGUUCUGGCACGUGAGGUAGAAAUCAUGUCAAAUCAUCUGUUUGCACCAGUCUGGGUGUUGUGAGUGAUGGAUCUAGACAGAGUCAAGCAGACACCAGGAAGUUCUGCUGUGCAGUGGGCAGCUGUGGUGAGAAGUAGACAGGAGAGAUGGCUGUCUCUGAAUCUGUGGAGCCUUUGCCAGAAGGGAGACACUGAAUGUCCCAGAAGAGGCAGCUUUAGCCAGCUGCUCAAGCCAGAGUAGUCUUCCUGUUGAGGGAAAGUACUUUACCCAUGCAGAUUUUAAAUCAUGGCAGUUGGAGAAGGAAGGCAGACAACACUCAACACUUUCUUGGAUUUUUUUUUUUUUAAGUAUUAAGGAGUUUGGGAGACCAGAGCCCUGUGAUGCAAUGUUGCAAUAAGCUGUGUUUGUGCCUGGAAUGUGCAGUGUCAGUCAUGCUCUGGGUGCAAGUCAGAGCCUGUGUGUCCCUCACGGGCACAGCUGCACGAGUGUGCACCGAGCUGCUUUCCAGGCUCCCGGAGCCUGCCCAGGCUGGCCGUGGCACGCAGGGCCUGUGGAAUGGGGAGAGGCUGGCAGGAGGGACACGGCCGGGCGCGGCAGGAGCAGCUGUCCGGGCUGCAGAUGGGAGCAGCGUGGUGCCCAGGCUGCAGAGGGAGAGCUGCUGGGUUCCCUGGUGCCUGCACAGGGGGAGCUGCUGGGUUCCCUGGUGCCCGGGCUGCAGAGGGAGAGCUGCUGGGUUCCCUGGUGCCCGGGCUGCACAGGGGGAGCUGCUGGGUUCCCUGGUGCCUGCACAGGGAGCUGCUGGGUUCUCUGGUGCCCGGGCUGCACAGGGGGAGCUGCUGGGUUCCCUGGUGCCCGGGCUGCAGAGGGAGAGCUGCUGGGUUCCCUGGUGCCCGGGGUGCAGAGGGAGCUGCUGGGUUCCCUGGUGCCUGCACAGGGGGAGCUGCUGGGUUCCCUGGUGCCUGGGCUGCAGAGGGAGCUGCUGGGUUCCCUGGUUGGACAUGGGGAGCUGCUGGGUUCCCUGAUGCCCACACAGGGAGCAGGAGCUGUUGCACCCUGUGCUGCCUGUGGAUGUCCUCUGCAGCACCUGCAGUUAGCAGCUGGCAUCCCUCUGCAGGCACUGGCAAGAAUUAGGUGCAUCCAAAGGUAACUCACUUGGCAAAAAUGACAGGAGUCUUCCCCAGCACAGAGGACAGCCAGCAAAGAGUGGACUGGACAGCGGGGUGCACCCCUCAGAGCAGCACUGCCAGCAGAAUUUGAGGAUUUUGCCCCCAUUUUUCAGCUGUGACUGUACCCCCUCCUUCACACCCCUUCCUUGUAACCCAGGCCAGUGGUAAGCAGAACUACCUCGUGAGGACUCCUUGGUGGAGAUGUAAGGAGUUACUUAGGAGUUACUAAGUUGGUUUUCAGUCCAGCUUCCUAAUGGCCAGUUUCCCCACUGUCAAAGCUGCCAUCUCAAACGUUCUUCCCUUUUAGUGGGAAUUCUCAGUUGGUAUCCAAGCAUUGCACCAGUAAACGUGAUUAAUACUAAUUGGCACUAGCUGGCAGCUCCGUGGAGGAGCUGGGAGAGCCCAUGGGGACAAAAAGUGACAUGCUCAGAGACCUCACUGCUGGCUGUGGGGAGAGAAGGGGCUCCACACUCCCCAGUUUGCUGGCCAGCAGCAAACCUUGCAGGAGCAGUGCUGGGCUUCGCUCUGAGGCUGCUGCCCCUCUUCCAAAGCAAGCUGCAGCUUUUCUCCCCAGAGCCACAGAGAGGAGAGCAGGAAGCACAGCAGGAGCAGAUCCCUCAGCCAUGCAGUGAAAGAACAUGGCCAGGAAGCUGACUCCCCUCAACAGCUGGUCACAUUUCUGUCACCAACAUCUUUUUAGGAAGCUGUGCUGGAGUUUCUGGCCUUCAUAUGCAUCCUGGCUGUGUCCUGGCUGUGUCCUGUCUGGACAGCUGGAGGAAGCCAGUUGCAUGGGAUUUUCCUUGCAUCAGGCCAGGAGCAAACUGCUCCGGAAGCUCUGGGGAGGGGAUGAACACUGCUGCAGCAGAGACCCUCUGCAGCUGGGGGUGACCAGGCUGGGGAGGGGAUGGACACUGCUGCAGCAGAGACCCUCUGCAGCUGGGGGUGACCAGGCUGGGGAGGGGAUGGACACUGCAGCAGAGACCCUCUGCAGCUGGGGGUGACCAGGCUGGGAGUCCAGGCCACCGAAUGUGAGGUGCAGGGCAAGGGGGCUCUGCCUACAAAUGUGACUGUGUCCUCAGGACUGAAGUGUGGUGCUCAGACUUGCUUUGCAGGUCGGCAAGGGAAUGAAGAAGGGCUGGCUUUUAAGCUGAGCAAAGUGUAUUGUGUGAAAAUUUUAUUUGUUUCAUCAUUGUCUUAAUGUUUGCCCGCUAUGAACAUCUCUCCUCAUGUCCUACAAAUGUCUGAAGUUGAUGAUUGUUUUUUAGAUACAGAUGCCUUGUGUUGAAAAUCUGAGUUGUACCUCUAAGUUACCUGCCUUAAAGUGGCUCUGUGCCUUCAAGAUGACUCCUGGGCCACCUCUCUGUUGGAGCUGGGGGACAUACAGGUUCUCCUUGGUGUUUUAUAAAUACAUUGUGUUCCUACAAGA